AUGUGUAUUUUUAUUUUCUCCUCAUGCAAGCAGACCAAUUUACUCGGUACCAUUGUUACUGCUGAACCUGAGUGUACUGGACUCGGUCAAUGGACUCGGUGGUUCGAUUACGAUAACCCUGAUGGUUUGGGCGAUUACGAAAAAAAAUCCUCAUUUGUAAAACACCUAGGAAAUUAUAUGUGUUCUAAUCCUACUAUUAUACAAGCGCGAACCAAAGAUGGCAUUCCGGCAGAAGAUACUGGUGAAAUAUUCAUAUACUAUUCGCCUGAAGUAGGAUUUGUUUGCCGAAUAGAAGAUCAACCAGAUAACGAAUGUCUUGACUAUGAAGUCAGAUUCUGCUGCCCAGAUGAAUUUGACAUCAUGAAUUUCGCUGGAGUACUUGUUAUCUACGUAGCCAUCAUCUGUCAAACCCAUUUACUGGGUACUUCUGCUCAAGAUGUAUGUCCGGGUUGGUGGACUCGGUGGUUUGAUUACGAUGACCCAAGUGGUAAGGGCGAUUAUGAAAAAGCAUCAAUUUUUAUAGCUCGUCUUGGAAACAAUAUGUGUUCUGCUCCUACUAUUGUACAAGCGCGGACUGUAGAUGAUGGUGUUCCAGCAGAAGAUACUGGUGAACUAUUUUCAGAAUAUUCGCCUUCUGUUGGAUUCGUUUGUUUACAGGCAGAUCAACCAAAUAAACAAUGCCGUGACUAUGAAGUCAGAUUCUGCUGCCCAGCUAAGGGCUCUAAAGGUUAG